AGUAGAUAUGCUUGUAUCAAAGCUUUGUUUGGUUCUAAACAAUAGAGAAAUAAUAUGUAAUAAAAAGUUAAACUUACCAAAAACAGAAAGAUCAGAAAACAUUUCUUCUAUGCUCGCCAACUCUUCCUAUAAAACAACUCUUCUCAUCUCUCCUAUUGCCAACUCUCCCAAGCUCACUUACUCUCAAAAAAUGGCAUUAUACACCCACAUCUUCAAAAGAAUCACACAAAAACCCAAACCCAAAUCUUUUCCUUACAAUUCAGUCCCUACAUUCUCAUCUUUUUCUACUACGAAUUCUGCUGCUACUUGUAUUGAUGAUCCUCCUCUGCCACAGAUUCCUCCAUUUGAUUAUACGCCGGAGCCAUACAAAGGUCCGCUGGGUGAUGAGAUUCUCAGCAAACGAAACAAGUUUUUGGGGUCCAUUCUUUUUCACUAUUAUGAAAAACCAUUGAAUCUUGUUGAAGGAAAAAUGCAAUAUUUAUUUGAUGAAAAUGGAAGGAGAUAUUUGGAUGCAUUUGCUGGAAUAGUGUCGGUGUCAUGUGGGCAUUGCCAUCCUGAGGUUUUGAAGGCUAUAAUUCAACAAACCAAGCUUCUUCAGCAUACUAAUACUAUUUAUUUGCAUCAUGCUGUUGCUGAUUAUGGCGAGGCUUUAGCCGCUAAAAUGCCCGGGAAUCUUAAGGCUGUGUUUUUUGUAAAUUCGGGGUCAGAAGCAAGUGAAUUAGCAACGCUGAUGGCUAGACUUUACACCGGUAAUCUUCACAUGGUCUCUCUAAGAAAUUCAUAUCAUGGUGGAAGUUCUAGUACCGCCGGCCUAACCGCUUUAGGCAUGUGGAACUACGCUAUACCGCAGGGAGAUGUUCAUCAUGUUAUAAACCCGGAUCCAUAUCGAGGAGUCUUUGGUUCGGAUGUUCCUAAAUAUGUCAAAGAUGUGGAAGAUCACCUUGAAUAUGGCACUUCCGGAAGAGUUGCUGGAUUUAUAGGCGAAACAAUUCAGGGAUUUGGAGGAGUAACUGAAGUGGCACCUGGAUACCUGAAAAGGGUUUAUGAGCUUAUACGUAAGGCUGGUGGUCUGUGCAUUGCUGAUGAAGUUCAAACUGGAUUUGGUCGCUUAGGAAGCCAUUUUUGGGGUUUUGAGGCACAUGGAGUCAUGCCUGAUAUUGUUACCAUGGCCAAGGGCAUUGGCAAUGGUUUACCAUUAGGAGCAGUGGUGACAACACCAGAAAUAGCGAAAGUGAUGGCGAAAAAUGUUCAAUAUAGUACAUUUGCUGGAAAUCCCGUGUGUUCAGCCGGGGCUCAUGCUGUUCUAAGAGUGCUCGAAAGAGAUAAGCGUCAACAACAUUGUGCUCAAGUCGGUUCCCACUUGAUUACCCGCUUGAAACAUCUUCAGCAGAAACACGACAUCAUCGGAGACGUGAGAGGGAGUGGCUUAAUGCUGGGGAUAGAACUUGUGACAGACCGAAAAGCAAAGACUCCGGCUAAGGAUGAAACUGGAGUUGUGUUUGAGAAACUUAGAGAGCUGGGUGUUCUAAUUGGGAAAGGAGGACUACAUGCUAAUGUUUUUCGAAUAAAACCACCAAUGUGUUUUACCAAAGAUGAUGCAGAUUUUCUUGUGGAUGCUAUGGACUAUGCAAUGUCAAAGCUAUGAGGAUCUUAUCUCUUUUCAACACUAUAAAUCUUUGAAUGUAGAAAUCAAAAAAAUAAGGAUCAAUUUAUAAGCAGAAAGUACAUUCUACUAGCAAAUGUAAGAAAAUAAUAAAUUUAAGAAAUGGAAUUGAUUUCUCAAA